AGGGGACUGCAGCCGGCGGCAGCGCCCUGCCCUGGGACAGGUGCCACGGGAAGGGGAGGGCCUGUGGGCGCGGCGGGGUGGCCUGGCGCGACAGACCCGGGCGGACAGAGGAGGCCGCGCCAUGGCCCCGCGCGGGCGCUGCCGGUGGGCGCUGUUGCUGGCCUGGCUGCCGGCCGGUUGCCUCUCCCUCCUGGUGACAGUGCAGGAUGCCGAGCGUUAUACCACCUUAUUUGCCACUGUCAUCCUCAAGUGUGACUAUAGCACCUCAGCUCAGCUGCAAGAUGUGGUGGUGACCUGGCGCUUCAAAUCCUUCUGCAAGGACCCCAUCUUUGACUACUACUCAGCCUCAUACCAGGCUGGUUUAAAUCUUCACCAGGACCCAUCUACUGACUGCAAUGACAGCCAGCGAAAGGUGCGCAUUGUCAUCCAGAAAUAUGGGCAGAAGGAACCCAUGCUGGGUGUUGACUAUCAGCAACGAAAGAUCACCAUUCAGAACCGGGCAGACCUUGUCAUCAGUGAGGUCAUGUGGUGGGACCAUGGCGUGUACUACUGCACUGUGGAAGCUCCAGGAGAUACCUCAGGUGAUAUGGACAAAGAAGUUAAGCUGAUUGUUCUCCGUAAGUGCCUGUGUUUUUCUGCCUGGGUGGUAGAUACCUCCUAUUCUCUUCCUCCCCAUCCCAAGAUGUCUCCAGCAGAGGAGAGGUGCUCAGUAAUUUGCUGUGCCCAGGUACAUCAGCAUCCUCUUUCUCUCUCUGUUUUUCCCACAGACUGGCUGACAGUAAUCCUCAUCGUUCUCGGUGGCCUUCUCCUCUUUCUGCUGAUUGGAGUAUGCUGGUGCCAGUGCUGCCCCCAGUAUUGCUGCUGCCACAUCCCGUGUGUCUGCUGCCCUACCCGGUGCUGCUGUAAUGAGGAAGCACUGGAACGGUACCGGAUCAUGAAGCAGGCUCAGGCACUUGCACCUUGGAUAUCACCCAACAUGUUCUACAGAGGUGGUGACAGGAACUCACAACUUUCCUCUUACCAGCUGAACCCUCUACUGCAAAGAGAUGUGUCUCUGCAGAACAGUCUUCCACUGGUGCAGCCACAAGCUCAGCUUUCUGCUAACAAGGGUGUUUUGGACUAUCUGGAGUCUGAAAUCCAAAACCUUAACAUGUCACAGCUCCAGCCACCCUCCCACCAGCGGCAGGCUGUGCAGCCCAGCCUGCUGUCCUCCCUGAGCUCUGAGAUCAUGCCACCUCUCACAGAUCAUAUCUCCAUCCAUGGAAGCAGCAACUCUUCACGGCCACAGAGAGCUGCCCGCACCCUCAGAACCUGGGACUAUGCAGAAGAGGACAAGAGGGAAAACCGGAGGUGGCCCUUGCCUUCCAGUGGGGGUUCUCAUUCCAGCUACAGCCGGGAGCCCUGGGACAGGCAGCAAGAGGACCAUCCUCAGAGGCAGAGAGAUGGCUACAGUGGCAGGCCCCUGCACUCCAGACGGGAUGCGUCACCCCCACGCCAGGCUGACAGGGGCAGGGGCAGCAGCAGCAGCUGCAGUUUCUAUCCAGAGGAGGCCAAGGAGCGCUCCAGCCAUCAUCGUGGUGGCAGGCAGGAGCCCGCAGGGAGGCGAGACUACCAGCACAACACUAGCAGAAGCAAUAGCUCAGGUCAGCGGCGGCACAGCUACUCUCCUCCCUCUCGCCGAGGGUCAUGGAGCUCUUCAGAAGAGCAAGUUCAUCUCCCGGUGACAAACCGCAGGCGGCGGUCCCGGUCUCGGGAAUGGCCAGAAGAUAAACCCCCCAGUUACCGCUCCUUAGAAAUCAUCCCAGGUCAGGACAAGAAGCACAAAGGCAGGGCAGGGCCACGCUCGGACAGAGGAAGUUCCCACAGUGGAAGAAGCAUAGUCAUUUAAUGGCAGUAAUGAAAGAACUAAGAUUCUCACCGGACUCCUCUUAGAUCCUUCUACUCUGUAGGUUGGGGUGCUGCUCUUGAUUGAACAGACAACCAACAAAAAAACCCAAAAACCAGAUAAAGCAGCUACCCCUCAGACUUACAGCUCCAAAGGAUCUUCAUCUAGUGCCCAGGAAAGCAAAACAUAACCCAUUUUUGUUCUUCCUGUGAUUUGGAAACUUAGGUUUGCAAUGGACUAUGGUCUGUUGGAAACAGCAGGUAUUUUUGAGCAAAUGGUAUAUCCCCAGUCUUUAAAGAGAGAUACCAGUUGUCUUUGUUAGGUGCCCUGACACUGCAAGGAGCCCACUCCAUAGAAUGCUGGUCCUUUGCACACUGGUUACUGGAGAAGGGCUACAAUGAUUAAAAUUAUGAAUAGAAUAAUUUGGAAGCGGCCUCCAGAGGUCACCUGAUCCGGUCCCCUGGGAGUUUGGUGUAGGAAGGCACAGCAUCUCCUUUGUGAGGUCCUCUGUUGUGCUUCAGGAUAUCUAAUGUUUGGUGCUUCUGCUGGGCUGCUCAGCAUAGCUGGGGCAGUUACUUCCUUUUCUCUCCCGAACACAAGGAUCGCUGAGUUGGAAGGAUGUUUGACUGCCUUAAUAAGGGCUCACUAGCCUGUCUGCAAAUUACCAGCUUAUCUGCCUUACACUGACUGAAACAACCUGUCCUACAUUAAGUUUACACCUUAGGGCCUUAAAAGUCACUUAUUUUAGCCUUUAAACCAGGCUUGAAUUUAUUUGUAAACUUAAAGGGCUAAAUUGACCAAGGUCUGGCCAUCUCUACAGGAGCUGAGCUUGCUCAGUACUGACUACUGUCCCUCACGCUGUGGACCAGAAUUUCCUUCAACUUUAGGAAGCAUGGCUUUGGUGGAUGUAUCUUGCCUAAGCCAUGUACUCUUCCAUUUUAUAUUCUCCCUUUGGUCUCUGUGCCAUGUAUCAUAUACAUGGGGUGGUAUAAAGGGCUCUGAAAAUGUUUUACAGUCACCUUUUUUAUUAAUAUCCUUGAUCCUUACCCUGACACUUUAACCAACUCCACAUAUGUUGUGCAUCUGAUGUGUAGCUAGACUGCAGGAAUUUCUCAUCUCUCACCUCGCAGAUAGAACAGAGAAUUUCUUUAUACUCUUAAGACCAGUUGUGAAGGAGAAGAACUUGCCAUUUAUCCUUGAUGUGAUUAAUCCACUGUUUUCAUUUAAAAUGUGCUGGAAAAGGAGAAGCUCUCUGGGUGCUGGCUGCUUCCACAGGAAACUGGUUUGCCAAGGACACUUCUUAAGAUUCAAGAGACUCAACUGUUGUCAGGGAGCUUUUGGAGCAUCUUGUGCAUUAUUUUGUAACCCAGAGGCACUAGAGAUCGGCCAUUAUCAAUGACUGCAUUUCCUAGCUUAUUUCCCAGCCAGUGCCACGUGGGACACUUGCUACUAUUUGGUCUUUAAUGUCCUAAUUACUGAUGUGCUUAUACUUUCCCCUGGAAGACUGACAGGGAGAGGUUUUCACUGUGCCCACUUCCUUUUUUUUCUUUUCUUUGGACAGUGAUGAGAAGCAUCAUGCUUGGAGCAA